AUAUCCCCGAUGAUGACACAGAUGAGGGUUCCUGGCCAGCCUUGUGGUCUGAAAGCCAGGCUAGGGAAUUUAAAAACAGGCAUCCUUGGUUGGAGUGGAGGGAAAGAAAGUUAGGUUGUGCUCUUUGCAACUCUACAAAAUCAACUGCUGUCCUCACAGAAGAACGAGUGUCCAUGUCUGAGGAGUGGGUGCAGUUUAAGAUCCAGGCCUCGGGUUCAAGCAGAUCAACAUCUCUGGCCUCUUUGAGAAACAAGAUUAGACGACAUGAGGUAUCCAGAGCACACAAAAUAGCCCAGGAGCUCAUUGAGAAGGGUGAACAGGAUUUAGUCGGAAAUAUGGUGAAAGCCUUGUCAGAGACUGUGUUUGCAGAGACAGAUUCUGUAUUCAGAACAGCAUACUAUCUUGCAAAGAUGAGCCGACCCUUUACUGAUCAUGAGAGUCUCAUUGAACUUCAGGAAAAAAAUGGUGCCAACAUGGGCACUAAUCUGCACUCGAGGUACAGUUCAACAAAAAUUGUAGAACACAUAGCAAAAGAGAUGCAGGAGAAGAUAGUCCAGAGUAUUGUGACGUGUUCAAGCAAGUUGUCUGUUCUCAUUGACGAAGCUACAUCUCUCAGCCACAAAUCUGCAAUGAUUGUUAACUUGAAAGCCUCAGUGGAUGGAGGUACUCCUGAAUUUUUGUUCCUGGAGCUGGUUGAGCUGGAGAGCCAAAGAGCAGUGGAUAUAGAAGAAGCUCUGCUGAACUGUUUGGACACUGCAGGCUUCACUGAAGAGUGGCUUCAAAAGAACUGGGUCUCAUUUGUUUCUGAUGGAGCCAGUGUCAUGUUAGGCAAGAACUCUGGUGUGGCAACCAGGCUCACCGCAAGGUACCCUAACCUCUUCACAUGGCAUUGCAUGAACCACCGUUUGGAACUGGCUGUAUCUGAUGCUGUGGAUGAGGUUCAGGCAGUCAAUCACUUCAAAGUGUUUCUAGAGAAGAUCCACAAUCUCUACAGUCAGUCCAACAAAAAUUCACGGGAGCUUCUAGGAGCAGCAAAAGAACUGGGCUCGCAAGUGCUGAAAAUAGGCAGAGUUUUAAAUACGAGAUGGGUGGCCAGCAGUUUCCGUUCUGUAAAGGCUGUGUGGACAUCAUAUGAGGCACUAAACAGACAUUUUGAAAAUGCUGCAGGAGACCCAACAAGAAGCAGCAAAAAAAAGAGAGACAAACUUACAGAGGCCUGGCAUGUCGAAUGCAAAGCAAAGAAUUCCUUUGUGACCUGGGACUCAUGUAUGAUGCACUAA